UCCACGAAAUCGGCCACACCUUGGGUUUCUUUCACGAGCAAUCCCGCUCAGACAGAGACCAAUAUGUUCACAUCAACACGGAUAACAUCGUACCUGCGGCUAUCGGAAAUUUCAACAAGAUUACUGACAAUAACUAUUCUAUAGAAUAUGACUUCUCGUCCGAUAUGCACUAUGGGUCAAGGAGCUUUACAGCGAAUGGGAAGAUUACCAUAGUUACAAGGAACCCUCUUGCUCAGGAACUCAUAGGCCAGAGGAGAGGUCUCAGUCAUUACGACAAGUUAUUGGCAAACAGGAUGUACUCUUGUACAAAUAAAUGGCUUCGAAACUGUGGGUUACCAUCAGAUCCUUGCAAGAACGGCGGAUAUACUGGGGCAAAGUGCCAAUGUUUAUGCCCUUCUGGUACCUCUGGGAGGCAGUGUGAGGUCAUCAGUCAGGGAUAUUAUGACAGUCUUCUCUCAGGAUGCUCAGAAAAUAUAACAACAGAGGGGAAAAUAGCAUCGCCGAAUUACCCAAAUAAUUAUCCUGCAGACCUCCGAUGCGUCAAGUGGAUUCAGGCUCCCGAAUGCCACAAGGUGCAGCUCGUCUUCAGGUCCUUCGAAAUCUUCGGCCGCAGCGCCUUCUGCAGGGAGGAGAGCUGCUGCUUCUAUGAGAUCCUCGAGAUCAGGACGAAGGACCUUCUCGACGGAGACAUCUACUGCGGCACUGAUAUCCUACCUGGGACAGUUUUUACGUCAUGGACCAAUCACAUGGUCCUUUUUUUCAUCACGAGAACCAGCGCGUUCCCCGGAUGGUCAGCUGAUGUGACCUUCGUCCCAGACCUUGAUUGCAAACCCACCAUUCCACCUAUGAAGACCGAAUCUACAAGACCACCUACUCCAUCAAUCGUUGAGUAUUCUUCUACAGUAUCUACUCCCAGUCCGAGUACUCAUGUGCCUAUUGAAGCUACGUACACGACUACUCACACUGUUCCUACAACUCCGGGAGAAUUCAGCUGUGAAACUCAUGUCAUCAGUUCGACCAGCAUCCAGUGGACUUCGCCUAUGUUUGGAUUUACUGACUAUCCCGAGGACGUGGACUGCGCUUUGACACUCUCCUCUCCUUUUCCAGCUUGGGCUACAAUGACACUGAACGAGUUCGCGCUGCAGCAACCUAAUGAACGCGGCCAGUGUCAGGAUGCAGUUAUAAUCCAGAAGCCUUUCGACCUGGGCCAAGAAGAGUAA